CAUUUAAGAAUUAAGAGCGGUGAAUUUCGCUCUUGGGGCAAUUUUUCUUGCUCUGAGGUUGAUAGUUAGGGCAGGCAGAGCAACUUUCUAGUUCAAAAUAAAAAUGGCUGAUCAAUUACAACAACAGUUUCAAAAGUUUAACAUUUUUAUGGAAUUUGCCAUUGAAUUGUUAGAAUCAUCUAGCAGCGAUGAAAGUGACCAGGAAAUAGGGAUAUUAGUGGAUCAGAUGCAUAAGCACCCAAUUCCAAAAAUUAUCAAUUAUGUCGAAAAUGUUGUUUCCAUACUUAAUGAUUCACAGUUCAAAAGUCACUUUCGUGUAAAACGAACAACAUGCUACAGACUUGUUGAGCAGUUUGCCAGGAGUGAAUUUUAUCCCAGUGAACAUAAAGGUGGUAGUAGUUUAAUCUCGGCUGAAUGCCAUAUUUUGAGCUUUUUGUGGUACGCUGGAAAUCAUUGCACAAUAAGAGAAAGUGGCGAUAGAUUUAAUAUGUCGUUAUCGACCUUUAGUUCAGUUCAACGACGAGUGAUGUCAUUUUUAUUGGAUCUACUACCAACAGUCAUUCGUUUUCCAAAAACAGAUCUGGAGAAAGAAAGAGUAGCUGCAGAAUUUGAGCAGAUAUCUGGAUUUCCCAAUAUUUUAGGCUGCGUGGAUGGUUCCUAUAUAAAUAUUAGGACGCCUGCACAUAAGAUAAAGUCGACAUAUACAAAUCGUCACGACAUUCCUAGCAUCACACUGCAGGGAAUCUGUGAUGCUAAAAAAAAAUUUUUAGAUGUAUUUACAGGACCUGCCGGAAAGCUGCAUGACAGCAGAGUUUUCAAAUUAUCUUUCAUUAGUAGCGAAAUUCAAACACUAUCUAACAAUGGCCAUUACCAUUUAAUUGGAGAUAGUGCGUACCCAAUUAGGCAGUGGUUACUUACACCGUACAGAGAUUACGGAAAUUUAACUCGGCAGCAAAUAAAGUAUAAUAAAAAAUUAAGUUCAUCAAGAGUUAAAAUUGAGAAUGCGUUUGGGCUUUUAAAAGGGCGCUUUAGACAACUUGGCAGGUUAGAUUUUCAUAAGGUAGUAAAAAUGGCACAAUUUAUCCUAUGUUGUUGUGUACUGCAUAAUAUUUGCAUCGAUUAUGAUGAUAUUUGUGAAGAUAUCGUCAACGCAAAUGAGGAAGAUAAUGCUAUUGGUCCAGAUCGUGAACACGAAAUGCGUAGAUUAGGUGAACUGAAAAGACAGUAUAUUUGUGACCUAUUAAACCACGAAUAAAGUGUACCAGUUUAUUUGGAAAAGGUAUAUAAAAUGCAUAAAGAAAAAUCAGUAGUUUUUUUAAAUUCCUAUGGUUACAUACUAAUCAGUUUUGUUGAAAAAUUUUUCGGCUAAA